AUGUCUGAAGACAUAUGUGAUGGCAUCCCAUCUGAAGAAAAACCUGAAGUAACGGAAAUGCCCAGCAAUGAGGUAUUGCCUCACGAGUCAGUACCACACCUUGUGGAAGCUGAAGUUUUGCAUGAGUCUUCACAAGAUGAACAUGGACAGGCCGCUCAGAGUGCCAGUAAUAGACAGGAAGGAGACAUAUUUAUUAAUGAAAACCCUUUGACUGAAAAAAUAAUUGAAAGUCUGCCUUCCAACGGAGAGGCGACUGAAGACAUGCCCAGUGAGUGCAAUGAGACUGUAAGCCUUGAUGCAGAACCUGAAUCUGAAGAAACACUGCAUGAACAAAGCAGUCCAGCCACAGACUCCUUGUCUAAAGCAAGUAGAUGGGGAGCUUGGGGUACCUGGGGAAAGUCUCUCCUGUCAUCAGCUUCUGCCACAGUGGGUCAUGGGAUAACGGCAGUAAAGGAAAAAGCAGGAACUACCCUAGGAAUUCAUAAUGCAAGUUCAGCAUCUUCAGAAAUGGCAGAGCCUCCUGCAGCUGAAACACCAGUUAUACAUGCAGAAGAUUCUCUAGACCAAAGCUCUUCUGAGAAUAUUCCUUCUUCUCCUUCAUCUGGAUCUCGUGGCAUGUUGUCAGCUAUCACUAAUGCUGUACAGAACACAGGGAAAAGUGUAUUAUCUGGAGGCUUAGAUGCUUUGGAAUUCAUUGGGAAGACAACCAUGAAUGUCCUUGCAGAAAGCGAUCCUGGAUUUAAGAGAACCAAAACACUAAUGGCAAGAACAGUUUCUCUGUCUCAGCUGUUGCGAGAAGCUAAAGAAAAAGAGAAACAGAGGCGGGCCCAGCAAGUUACAGUUGAAAGAACAGCACAUUAUGGACUACUUUUUGAUGAAUUCCAAGGUUUGUCUCAUCUUGAAGCUCUGGAAAUCCUUUCAAAUGAAAGUGAAGCUCAGAUUCAGUCAUAUUUAGCAGCACUUGAUGGAGACCAGCUGGAGGGUGUGAAAAAGGAUUUAAUUGCUAUAAAAGAGAUUUUUGUUCCAAAGGAGUCGGAUGACGAAGUGGUGCAGGCACAGAAAGCAGAUAUGGGAGAAGAGUUUGUCAGCAUGCUUACCGAACUGCUGUUUGAAUUGCACGUUGCUGCUACUCCUGACAAACUUAACAAGGCUAGGAAAAAAGCUCAUGAAUGGCUGGAAAAAGCCAGUUUUUCCACCCCAGUAGACAUAGAAGAGAAGCUAAAAGAAAAACCUGGAGAACCUGGUGAAGAAAAGACUGAAAAAGAAGAUAAAAUUGACAGUGAUAAAACAGAAGUAGAUAAAAACAAAACUGUGGAGGAAAUCUACGUGCUGUCCAUUGAAAGUCUGGCUGAGGUGACUGCUCGUUGUAUUGAACAACUUCAUAAGGUAGCAGAAUUAAUUCUACAUGGGCAGGAAGUAGAAAAAACAGCUCAAGAUCAAGCAAAAGUACUGACAAAUUUAACAAGUGCCAUGUGCAAUGAAGUUUCAUCUUUAUCAAAGAAGUUUUCUGAUUCUUUAACAGCAGCUGGGAGCAGUAUGAAGGCAGAGGUUCUUAACCCCAUCAUCAACCGUGUGCUAUUAGAGGGUUGCAACAGUACUACUUAUAUUCAGGAUGCUUUCCAGCUAUUGCUUCCAGUUCUACAAAUUUCACAUAUCCAGACCAGUUGUUUGAAAGCACAAGAGUGA